AUGACUAAAUGGGACGAGGUGAGCUCCAUACGCAACUAUAUGGUAAAGGCCUGUCUCAACGUCCUGCACAAUGAUGGGGUGCAACAGCUGAUGCAAUCGGGGGAGAGCUACGAUCUGAUGAUAAUGGAACCAACCCACACGGAUGCACUCUUUGGACUGGCGGCACAUUUUAAUGCCACGUUGAUUGGCCUGGCCACAAGUGGCGGGGAUUGGAAUCUAAAUGCAUUGGUGGGCUAUUUGGCCACAUCGUCAAUUGAGCCGAUAAUGUUGACUGGAUUUAGACGUGGUAUAAGUCUGAUCGAUCGCUUGUAUAACUGGAUGCUCAUUUCGGAGGAAUGGCUGAUGCAUAGACUAAUAUUUUUGCCAGGCCUGUUGGCAGUACAUGAGCAUUUCUUUGGUCAUCUUAGCCAGAGUUUCACGGAGAUACGUCACAGCUUUUCGCUGAUAUUGCUGAAUCAGCAUUUCAGCCUGUUCGAUGCGCGUCCCAAUGUGCCCAAUCUGAUCGAGAUUGGUGGCAUGCAUGUGCCCAAAGAGACGCCCAAAGUGAUGCCAGCAGAGUUGUCGCAGUUUAUCGAUGAGGCGCCACAUGGCGUCAUUUUAAUGUCAUUGGGCAUGGAAUUGCGAAGCUGCGAUUUGUCAGCCGACACUUUGGCAUUAAUAUUGGACACUUUUGCAAUAUUGCCACAGCGAAUUGUAUGGAAAUUCGAGGGAAAUCAGCCCAGAUUCAAUGUGAGUGGCAACAUCUAUAUGAGCGAAUGGUUGCCACAACAGGCCAUAUUGGCCCAUCCCAAUGUGCGACUGUUUAUCAGUCAUGGCGGCAUGCUGAGCAUCAUUGAGGCGGUUUACCAUGCCAAACCAGUGUUGGAAAUGCCCCUAUUCUUUGAUCAGUUCCGCAAUGCAGAGCGUAUGCAGUUGGAGGGCGCCGCUUUACACCUGGACAUUCUCACACUGAGCCGGCAGGACUUUGAGUCAGCUAUCCGACAGCUGCUGGAUCAGCCCCAAUAUCGUCAGAAUGCCCUGGCGUUAUCACAACGCUUUCGGGAUCAACCCAUGCAUCCGUUGGACACGGCCGUCUACUGGACCGAGUAUAUUCAGCGCUACAAGGGUGCUCCUCACAUGCGAAUCUCUCCCUCCAAUAUGAAAUUCGUUGAUUACUAUUGCCUGGACAAUCUUCUAUUGAUCACUGCUCGUCUGAGCUUUCUCGUUGUUCUCGUUUUUUACGCACUACACAAAUUGUGGCAGCUUCUUAAAAAAACACUAUCUAUAAUAUCAACACCAACACUAACUCCAUGA